AUGCAAAUGACUCGAAAGUCCGCUUCCGUGCCAUUGAGAGCGCAGGAGCCGACCAUCCCCCGACACAUCCCGACGUCAUGGCGGUACCUCAGACUCGUCAACCAAAAUCUGGCAACUUGCAUAAUACCCGGGAAGCGAAAUUUGAAGUGA